AUGGUGUUAGCGGAUUUGGGCGAGCGUCUUCGUGGCGCCCUUUCGUCUGUUGAGAGCGGAUCUGAGGACGAGAUCCAGGCUAUGAUCAAGGACAUUUGCACAGCAUUAUUGGAAUCUGAUAUAAAUGUAAAACUAGUGGCGAAAUUGAGAGGUAACAUAAGAGAAAAGAUUGAACUGGAGGGAGUGCUUAAGGAGCAAUCAUCACAGAACAAGAGAAAGAAAUUGCAAAAGAUUAUUUUUGAUGAACUAUGUGCAUUAGUAGAUUCACAUACCGAGCCACCUAAGCCCAAAAAGCUUUCAUCGACAACCAAGACUAUUAAUGGGAAAAAAGUUCGUGUUAGUAAAGAGUCUAGUCACGUUAUUAUGUUUGUUGGUCUUCAAGGUGCCGGUAAGACAACUUCGUGUACGAAAUUGGCAGUUUAUUAUAAAAAACGUGGCUUCAAAGUGGGGUUGGUUUGUGCAGAUACAUUUAGAGCAGGUGCUUUUGAUCAAUUGAAACAAAAUGCCAUAAAGGCAAACAUACCAUAUUAUGGAUCAUAUUUGGAGCCAGAUCCGGUCAAGAUUGCAUAUGAAGGUGUACAAAAGUUCAAGCACGAAAAAUUUGAUAUCAUUAUUGUUGAUACAUCGGGAAGGCAUCGACAAGAAGAACAGUUAUUCACAGAGAUGGUUCAGAUUGGUGAAGCCGUGCAGCCCACACAAACAAUAAUGGUUAUGGAUGGAUCCAUUGGUCAAGCUGCCGAGUCGCAAGCCAGAGCAUUCAAGGAGAGUGCAGAUUUCGGGUCAAUCAUAUUGACAAAGAUGGAUGGUCACGCCAAAGGAGGUGGUGCCAUUUCUGCAGUUGCAGCCACGAAGACACCCAUUGUUUUUAUUGGUACUGGUGAACACGUUGGGGAUCUUGAGAUAUUCAAGCCCACUACAUUUGUCUCUAAGCUUUUGGGAAUAGGGGAUAUUCAAUCUUUAAUUGAACAUGUCCAAUCGUUGCAGUUGCACCAGGACGAGGGUCACAAGAAAACUAUCGAGAAUAUCAAAGAAGGUAAAUUUACGUUGAAAGAUUUCCAAACUCAAAUGAAUAAUUUUAUGAAAAUGGGACCGCUUACGAAUAUUGCCUCGAUGAUUCCUGGAAUGUCAAAUAUCAUGUCCCAAGUUGGAGAAGAGGAGACAUCCAAAAAGAUCAGAAACAUGAUCUUUAUUAUGGACUCUAUGACGACUAAGGAGUUGGAAAGUGAUGGCCGAAUCUUUAUCAAAGAGCCCAGCAGAAUAGUGCGGGUAGCAAAAGGGUCUGGUUGCAGUGCCGUUGAAGUAGAAAUGAUAUUGCAGCAGCAUCGAAUGAUGUCGACUAUGGCAAAAUCAGCGAUGGCGGCGCAAGGAAUGCAAGGUGGAGGUCUUGGAGGUGGUGGUGCUGCUCCAGGUGGAUCCCAAAUGCAGAGGAUGAUGCAACAGGCACAAUCGAACCCCAAUUUCUUGCAACAAGCAAUGAGCAUGUUGGGAGGGGGCGCUGGCGGUGCUGGGGGACCUGGUGGUUUGGCUGGUAUGAUGAAUAAUCCGGCAAUGAUGCAACAAGCGCAACAAAUGAUGAAAGAUCCAGCCAUGAUGCAGCGUGCACAGAGAAUGAUGCAGGACCCAUCUAUGAUGCAAAAGAUGAUGCAACAAUUUGGUGGAAUGGGUGGCAUGUAA